UCCAUGCACGCGCGUAUGAACAUACAAGUUGCAUCAUAGGCAUCGUUGUGCUUUUUUGGCUCGUUGGGUAAAUUGACUAGCGAAAACGACAGCCAUCUACAAGCUUUUCCCCUCACGAUUAUGUAGAACUGAAAUUAGCUCCAUGGACAAACCUCGCAAGCAUCAGGUGUCCUUAAGGGGAGCAAGUGCGAGAGAGAUAUCGAGGGACGCCCUUCUUGAGAAGGUCUCCCAUGAAAGAGAGCGCCGUAGUUAUGCUAGACGAGCUACUGCUGCUGCUAUAUAUGUCCAGAGAGUCUGGCGGUGCUAUAAUGUGACAAAAAAGGUAGCUCUGAAGCUGCAAGAAGAAUGGGAAAACAUGUUGCACCAUCGUGAUAGUUCAAUACCUGCCAGCUGGGUUUCCAGCAGGGUUUUUAGGCCUUUUCUUUUCUUCACUGAUUGUUUAUCCAUUCGGCAUGGGAAGAUUUGCAGCAGAGAUGUUAACUGUAUGCAGGCCUGCCUUAAGAUUCUGUUGGAAAGCAUAAAUUCUGCUGAUUCAAGACACAACUUCUGCUCCCUAGCAUUGGGUACACUUGAAGAAAGAAGAAUGUGGACAUAUCAAUCAAAGAAGCUGAUUUCUCUCUGCUCAUUUCUCCUUGCCAAGUGUGAUAAAUCUCUUGCUGGGGGACAAGAUGUUGUAGUUCUUAUCUCUCUUGCAAUGCGUUUUCUUGUUGUGUUAACUGAUCUGAAAGGUUGGAAAAGCAUUACUGACAAUAGUCUUAAAGAUGCCAAUGUAGCAGUAAAUGAUUUGAUUAGGUUUAUGGGAAGCUGUGAAAGUGGUCUUUACAUAUCUAUCAGAAUAUACAUUAACAAAUUGGAUAUUCCUUUUAGUUCUCAAACAAAAACUAUGGUCCACAUAGAUGAUAGCUUCUUGAUCACUGCAACUGCAGUAACUUUAGCUUUACGGCCAUUUCAUGCAACAGAUUUUCUAUCAACUGGAUUUGACCUGCUGGACAAGCAUUCUGCUGCUGUGCAGUACUGUUUGUUUCUACUUACAAUUCCCAGGCUUACUCAACGUCUCCCAGCUGUUCUUGUAUCUGCUUUGAAGCACAAUUCUAUUCUCUCACCAUGCCUUCAGACUCUACUGAUUUUGGGAGAUAAUAUAUUAACAGAGAUGUCCCAGAUGGAUCAUUUGAAAAUUCAGCAUUCUUUGAAGGUGAUUCCACCAGUCGGUUGGGCUCUUGCAAACAUUAUUUGCCUUGCUACUGGGAGUGAGAAUGACUUUUUGGAUCCUGGAGGGCUCAAUCAAAGUCUGGACUAUGCAUUCUAUGUCCAUGUUGUGAUCAUUCUUGCUGAGAGCUUAUUGUCAUGGCUCGAUGACAGUGGAUGGACUGAAAAGGAGAACCAAUAUCCUCAGGUUAAUUCUGAAACUUCUGCAGAGCCUGUUGGUAAAGUUUCAUACGAGAAUGAGACUACAUGUGCCUUAAAAAUGUCUUAUGUGGACCUACUAAGGCCUGUUUGUCAGCAGUGGCAUCUUACAAAACUUUUGGCAAUCUCGAAGACUGAUGCCUAUGUUCAUACAGAUGAGGCUUUGACUGUGCAAAAUCCUAAAUACUUGAGGAAGCUGGAACUGCUUGAUAUUGCAUAUUUCUAUUCUUACAUUCUCAGGAUAUUUGUAAUCUUGAACCCCAUGCUUGGGCCAUUACCUGUUCUUAAUAUGCUAUCUUUUACUCCUGGAUAUCUUGUCACUCUGUGGGAAGAAAUGGAAAGUUUACUUUUUCCUAGAAAGGGCAUCAUUUCUGCUGAUCAUGAUUUUUUUUCAGGCAAUAAAAAAGAUUGGGUUGGUGAUAAAAAACAAAUGCAACUCAAUAAGGAAGGAAGUAAUAAAUGGGCCAAUAUGCUCUAUAAAAUUACUGGUAAGUCCCAAGCUGAUGUUGAUUAUACAGAUUCAGCUGAUGGGCAACCCAGUGCACAGGUGGAUGAAGAUUUGCAAGAUGUUUGGGAUGUAGAACCUUUGAGGGGUGGUCCACAAAAAAUUUCAAAAGAUAUUUCAUGUUUGCUUCAUCUGUUCUGUGCAACAUACUCCCACCUGCUUUUAGUUCUUGAUGACAUUGAGUUCUAUGAAAAACAGGUGCCAUUCAAGCUGGAGCAGCAACGAAGAAUUGCAUCAGUGCUCAAUACAUUAGUGUACAAUGGCUUGGCCCAUGGUACAGUUCAGCUGAAUAGACCUCUUAUGGAUUCUGCAAUCAGAUGUUUGCAUUUGAUGUAUGAAAAGGAUUGCAGGCGCCAGUUUUGUCCCCCUGUUUUGUGGCUUUCAUCUGCUAGAAAGAGCCGACCACCAAUUGCUGUUGCUGCCAGAACUCAUGAAAUUGUGUUGUCUAAUGCAACAUAUUCUGUAAUCAUUACUACCCCACAUGUAUAUCCUUUUGAAGAAAGAGUUCAGAUGUUUAGAGAGUUUAUCAACAUGGAUAAAGUUUCUCGAAAAAUGGCUGGUGAAGUUACUGGACCUGGUUCUCGAGCAGUUGAUAUUGUAGUUCGCCAGGGUCAUAUUGUUGAAGAUGGAUUUCGGCAACUAAAUACUCUUGGAUCAAGAUUGAAGUCAUCCAUUCAUGUUUCAUUUGUUAGUGAAUGUGGCGUUCCAGAGGCUGGCCUAGAUUAUGGUGGUUUAUCAAAGGAGUUUUUAACUGAUAUAUCAAAAGCAGCCUUUUCUCCUGAGUAUGGCCUAUUCUCCCAAACAUCAACAUCAGACAGAUUUCUAAUCCCUAAUCCAACUGCAAGAUAUCUGGAGAAUGGUAUCCAGAUGAUUGAAUUUCUUGGAAGAGUUGUUGGGAAAGCUCUUUAUGAAGGAAUAUUGCUGGAUUACUCUUUUUCACUUGUUUUUGUACAAAAGCUGUUAGGCCGAUAUAGCUUUCUUGAUGAACUAUCAACACUUGAUCCAGAGCUAUACAGGAAUCUCAUGUAUGUGAAGCAUUAUGAUGGUGAUCUCAAGGAUCUCUCUUUGGACUUCACAGUUACAGAAGAAUCAUUUGGUAAACAUCAUGUUAUUGAGCUUAAACCUGGUGGCAAGGAUGUUUGCGUGACAAGUGAGAACAAGAUGCAAUAUGUUCAUGCAAUGGCAGAUUAUAAACUCAAUCGACAGAUAUUACCCUAUUCAAAUGCAUUUUAUAGUGGACUAACAGAUCUCAUAUCCCCAUCCUGGUUAAAGUUGUUCAAUGCAAACGAAUUCAAUCAGUUACUUUCAGGUGGGGACAUUGAUGUUGAUGAUUUAAGAAAUAACACGCGUUACACAGGUGGCUAUUCUGAGGGGAGUUGGACAAUCAAACUUUUUUGGGAGGUAAUUAAAGGAUUUGAACCAAAUGAACGGUGUAUGCUGCUAAAAUUUGUGACCAGCUGUUCUCGAGCUCCAUUACUUGGGUUCAAACACUUGCAGCCAUCCUUUACUAUCCAUAAGGUUGCAUGUGAUGCCUCUAUUUGGGCCUCAUUUGGAGGACAAGAUGUAGAACGUCUUCCAUCAGCUUCUACAUGCUACAAUACUCUCAAGCUUCCAACAUACAAACGAGCGAGCACUUUGAGAGCAAAACUUCUAUAUGCAAUCAGUUCCAACACUGGAUUUGAACUUUCCUAGGGAUUUAUGGAUCUUUGAGUUAUUGACAUUUCAGAAAAGGUACAUUACCAUUAUCACUGGGCUUCAAGAUCAUAUCCAAGAGGGGCUCAUAGAUAUCAAAGACCACAAGUUUGAGGCCGGGUAGAUUGUUUGCCAGGCUUUUGGAAGUGCUGUUUAAUUUCUCGUUGAAGGCAAUGGCAUCACGGUUUAACCUCUCAACACACUGAUUGCUUCCUGCACCAAAGAGGGUAAUAGCUGCAGGCAAACACCCUGUUGGUGGUAGGCUUGUCACUCCAAUCCUUCUUGCUCCCAGUCCGUAUAGAUUCUGUGUCAAUCACCAUCCCUGUUAGCAACUACUUUGUGCUAUGAAAGAACUAAAGAAAAGGAUUUCUCGUUAGUUUAGAUACCAAACUGAGUUUCAUGUACAAGUUUGAGAUCAACAUCAUGAUAUUGAUGUGUACAUUCCCACCUAUGAUAUUGACAGGUUAAUUUUUAUGUAUUUUUGUUGGCA